UGAGAGCGUCGCAGCUUGUGCACCUUCCAGUUGAUGCUCUAGCAACCGUCUUUACACGCAUUCACUGAGUCAACGCAUGUACUAGUUUGUAACCCAUGCGUUCACAGAACCGUCUACUUCCAACAAGAAGGAGUCAGCAUAAGACCGCCGCACUUCCGAGUCUUUACAUAGGCUUCAACGUACACUUCUCUGCUCAAUCGAGUGGAAUGAGUUGAGCACUCAACUUCCGCACACCAGCAGCAUGGCGAAGUUGCAAUUCGGCGACCUACCAGAGGACAUCAAAGCUUUGGUCGUAGAGCAUAUACUCCGCCCAACCGACCUCAAGAACAUAUGCCUGGUGAACAAGCAGCUACAUGGACUCGCAGUGAAAGAAUUAUAUCGCAAGGUUGACCUGGACUUGGGCAGUCGCAAUGAUACCCAUCUCUCCGCCUUCUUGAACCCCAACAACAAAGGUCUGAAGCACAUCAAGCAGAUACGCUUGCACCGUGCCAACAUUCACGACCGGCGUAACACUCAACUGAUCAACUUCGCCACGAGAAUGCUGGUGGAGUUCUUACCCGAAGACGUGCUAGAAGAGUUUAGUUGGUGUCCCUGGGAGCGCUUCUCCGCUGACAACAUGCUUUUGCUGUACAAGAAGCAGCGAAAGAUGAAAUGGCUUGAGGCUUUCGACCUUGACCGUGACAUCCUACCAGAGCUCAAGAAGAAUACCAAGUUGCAGGAUGGCGUGUUCUCUUGUGUACGAAAGCUUGCGCUUUAUCCGGAAAACCAAGCGACGCUGCAGCUCUGCCACUUUUUCGUUGAGAAGAUAUCGGACGUGCUAGAGGAAAUGAUGAUCCAAGCAGACUUCGAGCCCCACGACCAAAUACCGACCCUGUCACUGCGAGAUAUCAAUGAUACUGCUACCGGACCAGGCUUGCUCAGCCGCACGAUUUUCAGCCACAUGCUACCUUUUGAGCAGUGCACACCCUUCAGGAGCCUAACGGCAUUACGAUUGCAUCAGAUCAGCCUCCGGCAUAGCGCAGAUACGUGGUGUAGGAUCGUCAAAUUUACUGAAAUACAGACUCUGGAGCUGACCAGCUGUAUCGGUGCUGACACUCUGCUCGGCCAGCUUAGCAAGGCUUCGAACCUACCGAGACAGCUUAAGACGCUGGAGAUACAGCACAAGGACAAUACUGAACACGAGGCCUUGGUUGCACUGGACGGCUUCCUAUGUCUCGUGUCUGGGAUCACGGAGUUGACAUUGGAACUUGAGAAUGUGAAGGCUUUACCUGCCGCGGCCGGUAUUAUGCGCCACAGCAAAACGCUGAAGCUUCUCAACGUCCAUUGCACUCCAGAGUAUAGCGCGAUCACUAGUCCGUCCACCGAAGUCGACGAAGUGAUUUGGUCGACCGAAGAAUUUGAGGACAUCUGUAAGGCUUGCACUAAGCUCGAGCAACUCUCCUGCGCCUGGCCAGACACAAGCCUGAUUAGAGAUCCAAGCGAGGCGUGGCGGGCGUAUGAAAAUGCAGUUUUCUCUCAUCUCAACCAACUGGUCACCCUGCACGUCUCCACCUUUCCAACGAAUCAACCAUCAUCGCAGCUGCUUCCCAAGUCGGUGUAUGAAUGCCUCUUGCAACAUCUGACGAAAAGGAUGUUCGAGCUGGCGGUGACGUGGGGAGCUAAGGCCAGGUCGAGCACGAAUUCGCACUCUCAUCUAUCAGCCACGGAUGCAACCAAUGAUGUCGCAGCUGAAACCGACAGCGACCAGAUGCCCUCCGAAUCGACGACAACACUCCGCCUUAUUGCGUUUGGAAUAUCCGACAAGAUCUAUGAGCGCGAAGACAGCAAGCACCAGGCUAUCUACCUGCGUUCAACUUGCAUUUCGGCCCUCGGAAAGGAACAUGUCUAUGCAGCACCGAUAGGCUGGUGCAUGAGAAAUUACGUUGAGCCGCGAAGUGACGUGCUCGACUUUACGCUACAUCGUGUAACGCGCAUGCCGUACAAAGAGCGUGAUAAUCAUGACUAUUUUGGAGAGACUGGAGAAUAAGUCCUACCUGAGCCCGAUAGCAGUGUCUGCGAAGCUAAGCUCUCCGUAGGGUGAUCGUGCUUGAUCCUUGACGGGGAUAUGUUGGCAGAAGACUCCUUUCUGUGAUAUUAUCUAAGGCCACACGCACCGCAACAGCUCCGGAGGCGAGCACCAAAGCGUCCGAUGCAACGAUACUGCGGGGACUGCGAUAUUA